CAAAUUAGCAUCCAGAAUUAAAGACCCGAAGAAGAACAACAACUAUCCGCUACUUGGACUUGGCUUGUGCAGCUCUUGGCUUUAAUUCCGUCUUUUUGGGCGACAUUUCGGCGACAGCUUCUCUGUGUUUGUCUUGGUGUUACCUUUCGACAAACCGCCGAAUAUCCUCAGUCGUCAUGGCUUCCAGGAAAAGACGUUUUGAUGAUGUUAACGGACAUCCCACCAGCAAGCGGGGCAGAGCGGCCAAAAAGAGACACGUAGCUGCGCUGAUUCUGGCCAGAGGAGGAAGUAAAGGGAUUCCUCUGAAAAACAUCAAAAUGUUAGCCGGUGUUCCCCUCAUUGCAUGGGUGCUGAGGGCUGCUCAGGACUCCAACAGGUUUGACAGUGUGUGGGUAUCGACAGACCAUGACGAUAUUGAGAAGGUGGCAAAAGACUGGGGAGCCCAGGUGCACCGCAGGAGUCCUGAAGUCUCCAAAGACUCUUCCACGUCACUGGAGACCAUCCAAGAGUUUGUCAGGCUGAACCCAGGGAUCGAUGUGGUGUGCAACAUUCAGGCUACAUCCCCGUGUCUCCACCCGUUCCACGUGGAGGAGGCCCUGGACAUGCUGUCCAGCUUUGAUUCGGUCUUCUCUGUGGUCAGGAGACACCAGUUCCGCUGGCAGGAGGUUGAGAAAGGCGGUGAUAACACCGAGCCGUUAAAUCUGGACCCGGCCAACCGGCCACGGCGUCAGGACUGGAAAGGCGAGCUGUGUGAGAACGGCUGUUUUUACUUCACCACCAGAGAGCUGAUAAUGAAGGGAGUCUUGCAGGGUGGUAAGGUAGCCUACUACGAGAUGCUGCCGGAGUACAGCGUGGACAUCGAUGUGGACAUCGACUGGCCUGUGGCGGAGCAGAGGGUUCUCAGGUACGGUUACUUCGGUCGGGACACACCAGAGGUGGUUCGUCUGAUGUUCUGCAAAGUUUCUGGAUGUUUAACUGACGGUCGGAUCUUCCUGUCCGCCACCGGAAAGGAGAUGGUGUCUAUUAACACCAGAGACAUGGUGGGCAUCCGCAUGCUGCAGCGAGAAGACGUGAAGGUCGUGCUGCUGACCUCCAGCGAAGACCCCGUGGCCCGGUCGUUGGCCUUGAAGCUGAAAAAGAGGACGGGCUGCCAGGUCAUCCAGGUGGGAGAGGAGCCGAAGGAUAACCUGGAGUCGAUGGUGGAGCAGAGGAAGCUGCAGUGGAAGGACGUGGCGUACAUGGGUGGCGAUAAGCCAGAUGUCAACUGCCUGAACGUGUCGGGUUUGAGCGCAGUACCUGGAGACGCUCCACUGGUAGCCGCUAACGCCGCUAAGUACGUCUGCCACAGCAUCGGGGGAAAGGGAGCCAUGAGGGAGUUCGCCGAACACAUUCUCCUGCUAAAACAAAAAGCCAAGUCGCAGAUGAAGCAGGACCGCAUCGACGGCAGCAGCUUCUGAGUUUAAAUACUUGAAAUCUACUGGGGCAGGUUGUGGGGUCAGCGCUGUUUCCGCACAACGGUAAACUGUGCACAUGUGCAGCAGUAACACUACGAUAUUGUCCUCAUCGGACUGAGUACAAUUAAAAUGAUUCGCUCUGUCUACAAUCAGGUCUCGCAUAAUCCCGUCUGCUAUCUGUUUUUGGUUUUGCUCAAAGUAUGCAAGUUUUGAAGUGUCAGAAGAGACUCAGUUUAAGUAAUGCUGUGAAUGUAACUGAAUCAGAAGUUUAUCGUAGCACUCGACUUAAGGCAGAAUCUUCCUCCACAUCAGCCGAGGAGGAGACAUCAGGAAGUUUCACCAACCAUUAGACUGACAACAAAGACCCAAAGAUUAACACUAGAUGGCAACCAAAUCUGAGUGUGUACCGAUUACUGAUGCAAUAAGAGUUUUGGGUUUUAUGAACAAAUGUAGAACAAGUUUUACUGUAAGAUUUAGUGUAAUUUCAUAAAUGUAAAAUCCUUUUUUUUAACACCAAAUAGAGCCCCACCCAAAAUUUAAAUAUCAAACAGAAGAUGUGAUAUUGUUAUUGUCUAUGUAUUAUUAGAAAUACAAUUUUUUAUUAUUUCAAAUUCAACUUUUUUUUUUUCCCCUGAUGUGCCCUGAAAGCAAUAGUGGAGUAUUUUGCCACAUUUCUUGCUGAGAAAGUUUUGACGUGAAGACGACACUGAGUGAACUUGGUGACCUCAUGCCCGCUACUGCACGGUGACUUCCUGGAUCCAAACUAAAGGGUUAACCACCAUUGGUUCAUAGCUGCUGGUUGUUAAGAGAUUAACACUCUUUUAUUGUUAGCUGCAGGUGGUUUCAUAUGCUGCGUUUUCACUGUCACUCGGUGAACCUUUGACCUGCAGUGUGUCUUGUUCUGUGCACUGUUUGUUUCUCCUGCUGAAUGUUUACCUGUCAUUUAGCUCAUUGAUGUGAUGAUUUUUGUUUCACUCUUUCUAUUUAAUGAUUGUGUAUCAUAAGUGAUGUGAUGUUGAUUUGAUUCCCAAUGAAGUUGUGCAUCGAAGACGA